AUGACGAGAUUGAUACUUUCUACCUCAAAUAUUAUGAUCGGAGGUCCUUCCAUCAUUAGGAAACCCGGCGCAGACCGAUCAAAUCUCGAACUUAUAAACUCCCUUCGGAGUAAUUUCCUCGCUGCGCAAGAAGACUAUUCACCUACUCCCUCAUAUGCAAAUGGAGUCAAUGGACACGAGGAAUAUGAUGAAAAGAAUGGCUCUUCGAGUCGACCGCCAGUUUCUAUUUGGACAACUAGACAAGACAACGAAUUUUUUAUUCCGACAAUAGACUGGUCUUUAUCUGGGCUCGCAGAAGAACCCGAAAAUUACGAAAUUACUGUUAAACUAUUCUAUCUGCCCACAGCGGACGUGAAGUCUAGGUCAAAGUACACAAAAGAUGCUCUAAAUUUGGUAAUGAAAGAGUUGGGCGUCAAGUCAAUUGAUCUCCUAAUCGUUUCAUUCCCCGGAAUGUCCUUUGACGGCGACUGUGAAUGGGAAGCAGACAAGAAGAACUCGGAACAAGGAAAUGAAGCCGAAGAACUUGGAACCUGGACUAUAUUGGAGGAAUUAUAUGAGCAAGGCAUUGUAAAAAGGUUGGGACUGGCUGAAUUUGGCAGCGCGAAACUUGCCAAAUUCUUGAGGAACGUCAGAGUGCGACCGCAAGUCGACCAGAUAAAUGUCAAAGAUUGCUGCAGAGUUCCACAGCCUUUGCUCAAGAUCGCCAAACAAGAGAACAUCGAACUUUUGACUCACAAUGAUUGCACCAAUAUAUUGCCCAGUGGCACAUUGCGCGAGCUAUUGGGACAAGGUAUAAGAGGCGCCGGUGUGUUGUCUGAAACCAAGCGGGGAAUCCAUGGUAUGAAAGGUGAUUUGAACCCGGAAUGGGUGGUCAAGUAUACCGCAAUUGUCCGGGAUCGUGGCGUGAUAGAAAAUAAGGGAUAUUUCGCUUCGGCAGAAUUGAGAGAGUAG